AUGAGCGACAAGGAGACUUCCACGCUGCAAAGCUACGUCGACAGCGCCAAGGGCGCAGCCCAGAGCAUGCUCGGCUCCGCGACGGGCAAUCAGGCUGACAAGUCCCAAGCCGAAGACCGCAAGGCCGAAGCCGACGCCAAAGACACCCUUUCUCACACCGGCGGCACUAUCGGCGGCAUGUCCGUUUCCUCCUCUGGCGUCGCAGCCAACGACCAGAACCGUCAAGCUGGGAGCUGGAACCAGACCGUUGGCUCGGGCAAGGAGACCGUCGGCAACCUGAUCGGCGCCGAAGGGAUGAAGAAGGAGGGACAGCAGCAGAAUGCUGAAGGCCAGGCUCAAGAGGCGCAGGGACAGCUGAGUGACUUGGGCAAGGGCGUAGGCGACCGCGUGCAGGGUACUGUUGGCGGCAUGGUCGCGGGUGCCACCGGAGACAAGGACGCGCAGGCCAGGGCGGAGGCACAGCAUGAUCAGGGCAAGACGUUGCAGAGGGGUGCUGAGUCGGACAUCCAGAAGCAGAACCCGUAG